AAACGUUACGUCAAGCGUUUCCCGGCAGAGUUGACUGGGUGGGUCACUGUUAGUGGCACAUCUGUAAUUAAACUCAACAUUAGGCCCAUUUUUAAUGGCCGAAUGGGUACAUAUAUGCUAUGUCCCUGCUCGUCUCAGCUCGCCAAGUUUGAACUCCUGCCGUUGGCCUUAGCCUUCACACUUAUCUUUCCCGGCAAAGUCCGUUACUCCAACAUGUCCGAACUACUCCAGAUUGUCCUCCUCACCCUCCUCUCCGUGCCCUUUAUCGUAAUUUCGCAGAACCCGAGCUCGGACGAGCUCACGAUCCUGUUGAACAUAAAACAGCUAUGGGGUGACCCGCCAUCUCUCGUGUCCUGGACCAACACGUCGUCAUCGCCGUGCGGUUGGCCGGGGGUCAACUGCACAGCAACAGGAGCCGUCUCCGAGCUUCACCUCAGCGAUAAGAACAUCACAACCGAGAUACCUCCGAUCAUCUGCGGCCUCAAGAGCCUGACCACCCUCGUCCUGUCCUGGAAUUACAUCCCAGGCCAAUUCCCGUCCUCGCUGUACAACUGCACCAACCUACAGGUCCUAGACCUGUCCAUGAAUUACUUCGUUGGCCCCAUUCCAAGCGAUAUCGACCGGUUGUCAAGCUUGCAGUACAUCGACCUCGGGGGAAAUAAUUUCUCUGGGGAUAUCCCGCCAGCAAUCGGGAAACUGAGCAAUCUACAGACGCUUUAUCUUUACCAGAACGAGUUCAAUGGGACGUUUCCAAGGGAGAUCGGGGACUUGUCCAAUCUCGAGGUCCUAGGAAUGGCGUAUAAUACGAAGUUCGUGCCGGCGAUGAUUCCAGGUGAGUUCGGGAACCUAAGGAGGCUGACGUUUCUGUGGAUGACAGAGUGUAAUCUGAUUGGCGAAAUUCCGGAGAGGAUGACGAACCUCUCGGCACUGGAGCAUCUGGACCUGUCCCGCAACAUGCUGACGGGCCCGAUUCCCGAGGGCUUGUUCUCAUUGAAGAACCUGAGUCGUUUAUAUCUGUUCCACAACAAGUUAUCAGGUCAGAUGCCGAGUUCGGUUUCGGCGCUAAAUUUGGUUGAGAUCGAUCUCGCCAUGAACAACCUAACAGGUCCAAUACCAGAAGAUCUCGGGAAGCUGCAGAGUCUGACUGUGUUGAAACUCUACUCAAACAAUCUUUCCGGGGAAAUUCCGGCAAGUAUCGGGAAGAUUCCGUCUCUUCUGAUUUUCCGGGUCUUUACCAACAGCCUGAGUGGCAUUCUGCCCCCUGAUCUUGGACUGCACUCGGCAUUGGAAGCAUUCGAGGUCUCAAACAAUCAGUUCAGUGGGCAGUUACCUCAAAAUCUAUGCGCCAACGGUGUCCUAACUGGAGUGGUCGCUAACUCUAACAACCUGACCGGAGAAAUCCCGGAAUCCCUUGGAAACUGCAGAACUCUCCGUACGCUUCAACUCUAUAACAACAACUUCACCGGUAUAGUUCCUUCAGGAAUUUGGACACUUUUCAACCUAUCAAGCUUGAUGAUAAGCGGAAACUCGUUCUCUGGCUCUCUUCCCACCAGAACAGCAUGGAACUUAUCGAGGAUCGAGAUAAACAACAAUCGGUUUUCUGGUCAGAUUCCGGCGGAAAUUUCUUCUUGGUCAAGUUUGAUGGUGUUCAAGGCCAGCAACAAUUUCCUUUCUGGAAAUAUCCCGGAGGAACUUACGAGUCUUUCCCAUCUGAUCACUCUUUCGCUCGACGGUAACCAACUCGAAGGCGAACUGCCUCCGAAUAUUAUCUCCUGGAGAUCCCUCACGAGCCUGAAUGUGUCGCGAAACAAGAUCUCCGGGCCAAUUCCAGCAGCAGUUGGAUCCUUGCCCGAUCUCCUCAACCUCGAUCUGUCGAGCAAUCAACUUUCUGGUGAGAUCCCGCUGGAGUUGGGAAAUUUGGAGCUGACCACUCUCAAUUUGUCCUCUAAUAAGCUUUCUGGGAAAAUCCCGAAUGAGUUCAAUAACCUCGCUUAUGAGACGAGCUUUCUGAACAAUCCCAACCUAUGUGCCAAUAAUCCAGUUCUCAAUCUCCAUAGCUGCUCCGUUAGAAGUCGUGACUCUGACCAACUGUCUCCCAAGUACCUUAUAUUGGUUCUAGCUCUCGCGCUGGCUGUGUUCUUCGUUACUCUCCUAUCGUCUUUACUCAUAAUCCGAGACUACCGGAGAAGAAAGAUCAGGAGAGACCUUUCAACUUGGAAGUUAACUUCAUUCCACAGACUCGAUUUCACAGAAGCAAACAUUUUGUCGAGUCUGAGGGACGAUAAUCUCAUUGGAUAUGGAGGAUCAGGCAAAGUCUACCGAAUAAGCAUCGGCCGUUCAGGCGAUUAUGUGGCAGUCAAACGGAUUUGGAAUGGAAGAAAGCUUGAUGCCAGGCAUGAGAAGGAGUUUCUAGCGGAAGUAGAGAUUCUCGGAACGAUACGACACUCGAAUAUAGUGAAGCUCCUGUGUUGUAUUUCAAGCGAUGACUCGAAACUUCUUGUGUAUGAGUACAAGGAGAACGAGAGUCUGGACAGGUGGCUUCACCAGCGCAAGAGGAAGUUGAACUCCGGUGCAAGCUCCGCCUUCCAAGCUUUCCUGGACUGGCCGACACGGUUGCAGAUCGCUAUUGGGGCUGCCCAAGGGCUCUGCUACAUGCACCACGACUGCUCUCCUCCUAUCAUCCACCGGGACGUGAAGUCGAGCAAUAUCUUGCUCGAUUCCGAGUUCAACUCCAGUAUUGCAGAUUUCGGACUUGCCAAGACACUGGUCAGGCAAGGCGAGGCCUACACCAUGUCUGCUGUUGCAGGCUCGUUCGGUUAUUUUGCCCCAGAGUAUGCCUACACAACCAAAGUGAACGAGAAGAUCGACGUCUACAGCUUCGGGGUCGUGCUCCUGGAACUGGUGACUGGAAAAGAGCCCAAUAACGGGGACGAGAACAUGAGCCUAGCGGAGGGGGCAUGGCGGCAUUUUGCAGAAGGGAAACCAAUCGAGGAGGCCCUAGACAAGGAGAUCAAGAAGCAAUGUCACUCGGAGGAUAUGACAACAGUGUUCAAGCUGGGGCUUAUCUGCACCGGCAAUUCACCGUCCACAAGGCCCUCCAUGAAAGAGGUGCUUCACAUUCUCCGAAAGUGCAGUGCCUCGGAGACCUGGGAACGAAAGACAGUCGGGCGAGAAUUUGAUGUGACGCCAUUGCUUGGAAAUGCUACUUACCUUUCGAGUUACCGGAAGAGUAAGAAGCUAUCUAUAGAAGAUGGUAGCGGCAGCUUAGCUUACAGUGUAUGAGUUCAACUUUGAUCAACCAAUCAAAUCCCCAUAUAGAUAUAUGUAAAUGGUAGAUUGCAAACCUCAAAAUCUCGAUUCCAGUGUCGGAGGUCUUUACCAUGGUUUCAAGUUUUUGAUUGCAAUGAAAAUAAAAAUCGAAGACUGGUCUGUAAAUUC